AUGGCACCCGAGGAGAUUCCAAUCGAAUCGCUGGAUCAGGUGAACGUUGCAUUCCUUUACAUUGAUCCAAAGGACUACACUAUCAUCAACAUGGACGGAAUCGACGGCACAAAGAUGUACGCUCGACUAGCGAAUCUCAAAACACGCAACCCAAAGGCAAAGAUCUGGAUUAGUGUCGGUGGCUGGACCUUCAACGACGACGGGGCCUAUCAGUCUAUUUUCACCAAGAUGGCUGCUGACACGUCACUGACACACCGCUUUGCUGAGAAUCUGAUUGAAUUCAUGGACAAGUAUGGAUUUGACGGCGUUGAUAUAGACUGGGAGUAUCCUGGCGCAGACGACCGUGGAGGCCGAAAGGAGGACUACACUAAUUAUCCUAAGAUGAUGAGUGGCCUACGCCGGGCACUCCAGGGGAGCAACCGCUAUUCCAAAAAGUGGGGCCUAUCCCUCACGGUUCCAACAUCUUAUUGGUAUCUGCGUUGGUUUGAUAUCAAGAUGCUGGAAAUGGUAGUGGAUGAGUUUAAUCUCAUGGCCUACGACCUUCAUGGCACCUGGGACAGGGAAGACCCAAUUGGACCUUACCUGUAUGCUCAUACAAAUCUCACAGAGAUUGAUGAUGCGUUGGACCUGUUCUGGAGGAAUGACAUCAGCCCCAGCAAAAUCAACUUGGGGCUCGCGCUAAUGGUUUGCUUGGUCCCAAAGUUCUACGGACGAACCUUUAAACUGUCCACCCCUCUUUGUGCAAAGCCCGGUUGCGAAUGGAAGGAUCCUGGCCCUAAGGGGCCAUGUACCACGACCGCCGGCAUACUUUCCUACAAGGAAAUACAAGAUAUCAUAGCAGAUGGUAAUCUAACUCCAGUGUAUGACGAGGAAGCCGGCGUGUACUACGUGACGUACGGCAAAGGCGGCGCUAACUGGGUCUCAUUCGACGACGCCAUUUCGUUUAGGGCUAAAACAGAUCUCGCGAAUAAAUACGGGCUUGGUGGGGUCCUAAUCUGGGCCAUUGAUCAGGAUGAUAGAUACUUCAAUGCGCUCCGUGGGGUUACUGGGAGGGAUAUCCCCCCUGUUGCUGACGCUGUCGAUGGCUACGGUGCAUUUGCACUCGACCAGUGCUACAUCACUAAUUGCCACGAGUCCUGCGAGGCAGGGGAUAUCCUCAUGACCCGCUUGAAUGAGGAUUCAAGUGGCCGAGGAUGUGAUGGGAAGGAUCACUAUGCCCGGUCGUUUUGUUGUCCCGCUGUCAAUGCACCCGAGUCGUCCAAUUGCUACUGGACGGGUGGGCCGGUUAACUGCCAUGGUCAGUGUGCGCCUGGCGAGGUAAGCAUGGUGCUCGAUGAUUACGGAGACAGCAAGAAAAGGUGCACCAAUGGAGGCAAGAAAGUUUGGUGUUGCCCGGCCACAAAUGGGCAGAAAUCUAUAGAAGAAUGCGCAUUGCAGCCACACAGAAAGGCGUGUCCAGCGGACAAGCCCCAGGAAAUGACCACGGUUGGUGACAUGUAUCGGGAUGACUGGGGCAGGGUCGAAAUUCGUCAAAAGUUCUGUUGCCCAGAGAAACCUCAAUACGACUUGAGUACAUGUGGCUGGCACGGUGAUAAUUACUACUGCAACGACAACGAAUGCCCAUUGGGCCAGAUUGAACUCUUCAAAUACAGCGGAUGGCAUGAGGGUCUCGAUACAUCAUACCACGGUUGUAAUAAAGGUCGAAAACAGGCCUUCUGCUGUGACCCUCCCUUAAAUGAUGGCUCGGCCUUCCUGCCAGUUCCUCUGGAGAACCUUUUCCCCGACGCCAAGUCAUUCCCCGACACUUAUAGCAUGACUUUCGCCGAGACCUUUGAUCAUAAUGAUGAUGACCUUAGUAGCAAGGCUGCCGGGUUAGAUCCUAACGAGCGAGCCUUCACCUGGGUUGUUAUGGUGGGGGAUGUUGAGGAUGUGCAGAGCUUUGACAAGCGGGAUGGUUCGCACUUGGAACUAUACGACUGCCCAAACACAGAUCGGGAGGACUACACUGUUCAAAAGGCGAAGGCGGUCUGUGUAGGGGGUUCAAAGGAUAAUAACAACUGUGAAGAUAUUCUCCUAGGCGGAGUGGAAGGCACGGUCGUCCGCAUGCCUUCCCACUGUGGACCAGAUCAGUACGUUCGUGCCGUCCGCUUCGAACUGACCAAUUCGACCAUCCCUGGCCAUCUGCGCAAGCGACACCCUUCCGCGGAGAGGGUUUACAACUUCCACUACGACUACAACUUCCACAAUCUACGUCGGGAUGGCGGUGAAGUUUACUUCCGUGCGGAUUUCUCGACCCAUGUCGGAUACUGGUACGAGCUGGUAGAAGCCUCCCAUGACUCCCCGGUCAAGCGAUCAGCAGAGAACUGGAGGGAGCUGGAUCGCCGUUUCUGGUCCGAAACAAAGCAGGACUGGCGUAAGAGGUUCGAGGCGCUCUUAGUCUAUGGAGGCCAAGGCCUCAGAAAGCAUUACGAGUGGAAUGAAUGCCUCUUCGAAGCAAAGGCAGUGUGUGGCAUCGCCGAGUUCGACUCAGAGGCCAGGGUCUUCGGCGAGAUGAACACGACUAUGGAUUUCGGGACCUCAUUAAUUGGUACUCUUCGCAACUUCGACUUUCAGGAGGCCUUUUCCUUCUGGAAUCAAGAGGAUUUCUCCAUGAGAAUGGGAGCCAAGUUCCAUGCUCGUGCACGGUUGUAUAUGGACAGCGGUUGGAUGUCCGUCGGCUCCUUUUCGGAUUUUGGAAUGAAUGUGUCGGCCGGAGCCCCUGGCUCCGGACCCCGCGCAAGCAUUCCUCUCACCAUUCCAUCGAACAUUCCUCUCAGGACUCACGAGAUACAGCGAUUGGAGCAGUAA